AUGGCUCCCUUACAUGAGAGACUUCGUCAAUAUGCAACUAAGAAUAAACUUUAUCGCAAUCUUAUAGCCGAGUUCUUCGGAACUUUUAUGCUUUUGUUCAUUGGAACAUCUAUCGUAGCUCAAUAUCAUCUAGGACGUGAGAAAACAACUCAGUAUAUUGGCGUUAAUCUGGGAUGGGCAUUUAAUAUCAUGCUCUGUGUUUUAGCGACACAACGAUUGUCAGGUGGUCAUCUGAAUCCGGCCGUGUCGAUUCUGUUAUGGUCUAUGGGACAUAUUCCAUUCACAUGGUUCUUAUUAUAUUCAUUAGCUCAAUUGGCAGGAGCUUUCUUCGGUUCGGCUUGCAUGUACUUUUAUUACUAUCCUUUAUUCGAUGCUUUUGACGGAGGAGUUCGGGCUGUUCUCGGAUCUACUGGAUCAGCUGCCUGCUUUUCAUCUUAUCCAAAUGCUAUUAUCGCCAACUCUUUUACAACAGCUUUUGUCGAUCAGAUUAUUGGAACUGGACUUCUCUGUUAUUUUGUAUGUGUUGUUCUCGAUGAGCGUAAUGAAAUACCAAAGAAGUUCUACAGCCCCAUCUUUGCCGCAUUAGUUUUGAUGAUAGGAACCGGUUUUGGUUAUUUCCUAGGGUAUCCUAUCAAUCCUGCCAGAGAUUUGGGACCUCGUCUUUUCUCAGCUUUCAUCUAUGGAAUGGACGUGUUUCGAGUGCCCACUUCAACUUAUUUCUUGGCUCCCAUAUUUGGGCCUUUAGUUGGAGGACUACUUGGAGGCUGGUUCUACAACUUGACCAUUGGAAUUCACAACCCUGAUAUAAACGAAGAUCAAAAAGAUGAACCAUCUAACGAAUCUAAGAAACUUUUGCAAGCGGAACCCUAA